AUGUCUGCUGCUAAAUAUCCACUACGACCUCCCAGCAAGACAAACUCUAUCUCAGACGACAGGCCCAAAAGACUACGCAAACCAUGCGAUACUCGAAACUCUUCAUGUGAUGAAACUAUUCAGUCGCCAAUUUAUGAAAUGAUGGUUCUGCCUACUGAGAAGCCGAGUUCCUUAGAGAUUGAGGGCAUUGAACGAUGGAAGCUUGGCUUGUUGCAAAGAUGGAAUGCCACAGAUGUGACCCGACACCAUACUUCAGAUGCUAUUUUCACGCCAUUCGAUUUAUUCAAGGAUGUCUCUGAGUUUUUAAACGACACUCGUAUUGCUAGUGGAAACUUCCCGGAACAUGAAGAAACCACAGCCAUCACCAUGUAA